UCGGUGGCGGUGGAGGGAUAUGAGACUGGUGAACACGCUCCUGGACUGAAGCUGAGAGGAACAGGGGCCUACCGGGCCGCGCAUCACAUGAUCAAGGCCCAUGCUAAAGUCUGGCACACCUAUGACACGAAGUGGAGAGGAAAACAGAAAGGGCUGGUGGGCAUCUCUCUGUCUGGAGAUUGGGGUGAACCCGUGGACAUUAGUAACCAGAAGGACAUCGAGGCAGCAGAGAGAUACGUCCAAUUCUACAUGGGCUGGUUCGCCACUCCCAUCUUCCACGGGGACUACCCACAAGUCAUGAAGGACUUUAUUGGUCGUAAGAGUGCCCAGCAGGGUCUGGGUACGUCCCGCCUCCCCACCUUCUCUUCUCAGGAGAAAAGCUACGUUAAGGGUACCUGUGACUUCCUGGGUAUCGGUCACUUCACCACGCGUUACAUUACCCAGAAGAACUACCAGUCGGGACGCGGCAGCAGCAGCUACUUCACUGACAGAGACCUGGCUGAACUGGUGGAUCCCCGCUGGCCUGAUCCUGGAUCAGAGUGGCUCUACGCUGUCCCCUGGGGGUUCAGACGCCUGCUCAACUUCGUCAAGGCCCAGUACAAAAACCCGAUGAUCUACGUGACAGAGAACGGGGUGUCGGAGAAGAUCAUGUGCACUGAGCUCUGUGAUGACUGGAGAAUACAGUACUACAAGGACUAUACCAACGAGAUGCUGAAAGCCAUCAAAGACGGAGUGAACGUGCGCGGCUACACGGCCUGGUCUCUGCUGGACAAGUUUGAGUGGGACGAGGGCUACUCCGAGAGGUUUGGCCUGUACUACGUAGACUUCAGGAACAAGAAUAAACCGCGUUACCCGAAAGCCUCGGUUCAGUACUACAAACGCAUCAUCGGCUCCAACGGAUUCCCCAACCAGAGAGAGGUAGAGAAUUGGAAGAGGAAGGCCACAGAGACCUGCUCUUCCAGUAACCAGCUCCUGGCUGCAGACCCCCUGACCAGCCAUAUGGAGAUGGUAACCGAGGUCGUGGUCCCCACUGUGUGCACCCUGUGUAUCCUCCUCUCGGCUGUCUUCCUCAUGUUCCUGCUACGGAGACACAACUAG